CUGGGUACCCUUCUCGGCAUUGUCAUUCCUGCUGAAUCCAUUAAAGCAGUUUACCGUGUUGCUCGUAAUACGCAUACAGACAGAACUAAAAAUAUCAUACUACAACUUAACACGAAGCAUCUGAGGGAUGACGUCAUCGCUGCAUCUCGUGUUCGGCGUGGCUUAGCGGCGGGUCAACUCAUAGCUGCGGGUGGACCACGCAACGCUUCUUCGAGGUCAAGCAGUGACGUAACACAAUCAGAUCGCAUCGUCUACAUGAGCAAAGAUGCUCACUAG